AUCACCUAAUUUCACAUCCUAGCAGCUAUGAUUUGGUCAAUAUCUGUGCAGAGUAUACACUGAGGCAAAGAUUAAAAACACAAAGACAAAAACCCCAAACUGAGUGGAAUAAAUAACUUGCCUUCAGGUGGAAAGAGUCUGUAUUUUUGUCGACUUUGCUUUCAUAAUACCCAUUACAUAAAAGAUUUAACAUCUCAACAUCCACAAGAAAACCCUCCCACCUAAGGAUUUUUUAAAAUAAUUAGGCACUGCCUUUAUAACAGGUGAGUUGCCCAACAGAAAGAGAUAUGACUCUGGAGUCUGCUUCUAGGUGAUAUAUAUCACUUCUGACCUUUAUUUGUUCAAAUUUGAAGAUUAUUGCUUUUCAUAUUGCCUGUGAGCCCUUGGAAGCUAAAAAUGAGAUCCAGCUAUCAAAAGAUCUAGGCAAGCUAUCUAUUCAGAAUCCUGAAAAAAAGGCUCAAGCAUUCAGACUCGAGUAUAGCCAUACAUAUUCUUUUAUUUUAUUCUUAAAAUUAUAGAAGAACGUACAUGGACUUUGGAGGAUGGUAAAAAUUGCUGUGUGACCUUCAUCAAUUUAAUUAGACCCAGCUUUUUGUUCUGCAAAAUGGAUUUAGAAAUACGUACUUCAUAAGAUGUUUGUAAAGUCUAACACAGUUCUCAUUUGUAAACUUCCCCGAGUAUUACCUGUCAUAUAAGAGACUUUCAAAUAUUCACUCUCUUUAUAAGCAAACUUGAAAAGUUAGUUGAAUAUCUUCUUGUAUGUUACAAGGAGGACAACACAAUUUGGAAAGAGAAAUGUCAGGGGAAUAUCGUUUUUUCUGAAGUGUCCAAAGUAGGAGGGUUGCUUUGUUUGUUUGGUUUUGGUUUACUUUUGUUUGAGGUCCUGCUAUAUACACACAGUUGGCUAGCCACUCAUUAUUUAUUUCUCUCUGGACUAGAGCAGCAGAGGCUGACUCCCUAUUUUCCAUUCCAACCCCAAAGUAUUAGCCCAAGUAAAUACUAAUAAUUCCAUAACUUCUGUCAGUGAAAGGUUCAGGAGUAACCAAAGAGGUAUGAGGCAAAUUUAGAAGAGAGGACACUUGCUAAGAGAUUGCCGCAUGAUAUACUAAUUUCUCUCCUACCUCUGGACUUGGUGAUUUGGGAGCCUAACUCUCAGAGGCAUAACAGCUAUUUUGUGGCUAACGUGAGAAUGAAACAAAAUCCAGGGAUGGCAGAGGGGUGUCCUUGAUGACAUCAUGGAGUUUCUGAAGCAACCAACCCUGGAGUUCACCCUGCAACUGGACUUCUUAUAUAUGAAAUGAAACAUGUCCUUGUUAUGCAAUUCUACUAUGAAGGAAGUGCCAAAAAUAAAGGAAUUCAGUCCACAGAAAUUCUCUUAUUCAAUCACAUGUAUUUAUUGAGUGCCAAGUAAAGGCUAGUCACCCUAUUAGGCUCAGGGGAUAUACUGGAGAUAAACUUAAGAGGAAACCCUGCUCUCGUGAGGCUUCUCUUCUCUUGGAAUCCAAGACCGAGGGCACGGUGCCAUCUUUGGAUCCUGGAGCUAUCGACAUAUGAGGCUGGGAAGGGACAUGAUUUUCCAACGCUGGCAGAGUUGGGUUAUGGCACCACCUCAGAGAUAGCGGCACCAGCUAGCACCUUCUCAGAAGUCUGAAUUUCAUCUCCACUGGGUGUCUCCUCUAGAUCCAGGAUUUAAAAAAUUCCAGCCUCUCCUAUUUGUUCUGCUAGGCGAAGGAAUCUCUCCCUCUAGGAGGCUGGGUGAGGUACAUCUUCUCUGUGCAUCUAUAUGUUGCCCAGGACUUCUGCUAUUGAAGCACUUAUGAUACUGUAGUGUUCAGCAUUCGGCAGCUUCUUUGGUGACCAGCUACGUCGUUUGGCAGCAGCCUCAAGUGCUCACAACUGCACAGAGCAAGGAGCAUGCUGAACAGGGAUGUUCCAGUUUAAAAAGACAGAGCUUCAAACAAAGCUGUCCAGUUUUCCAAGAACCACUUAUUGAAGAGGCUCUCUAUUCUCCACUGUAUGUUCUUGCCUCCUUUAUCAAAGUAGGUGGCCUGGAAGAAAAAAGAGCAGCAGCAGUUCCUGAGGGAAGAAUGCAUUAACACCUCAGACUGUGCUCUCUGCCAGGGCUUGCAAAGGGACCUAAGACACGGCUGGGCUGUUGGGAUAGAAUUCUCAUACCUCCCAGAGCGUCCACCUUCUCGACUCCAGCCCUACGUUGCUUUGCUCAAGAGGGUGAAGGGGAACCAGAGCGCACAAGGCAACUGACCCAGGAGGCAGAGAAGAUGGGCAUCCUCAGCGUAGACUUGCUGAUCACACUGCAGAUCCUGCCAGUUUUUUUCUCCAACUGCCUCUUCCUGGCGCUCUAUGACUCGGUCGUGCUCCUCAAGCACGUGGUGCUAUUGCUGAGCCGCUCCAAGUCCACUCGCGGGGAGUGGAGGCGCAUGCUGACCUCAGAGGGGAUGCGCUGCAUCUGGAAGAGCUUCCUUCUCGAUGCCUACAAACAGGUGAAACUGGGUGAAGAUGCUCCCAACUCCAGUGUGGUGCAUGUCUCCAAUCCUGAAGGAGAUGACAGCAGUGGAAAUGGUGCCCAUGAGAAAACAGUUGAUGGAGCUGAGUGCCACCUUCUUGACUUUGCCAGCCCUGAGCGCCCACUGGUGGUCAACUUCGGCUCAGCCACUUGACCUCCUUUUACUAACCAGCUGCCAGCCUUCAGCAAACUGGUGGAAGAGUUCUCAUCAGUGGCUGACUUCCUGUUGGUCUACAUUGAUGAGGCUCAUCCUUCAGAUGGUUGGGCGGUGCCUGGGGAUUCUUCUUUGUCUUUUGAGGUGAAGAAGCACCGGAACCAGGAAGACCGAUGUGCAGCAGCCCACCAGCUAAUGGAGCGUUUCUCCUUGCCGCCCCAGUGCCAAGUUGUGGCUGACCGCAUGGACAAUAAUGCCAAUGUCGCUUAUGGGGUAGCCUUUGAACGUGUGUGUAUUGUGCAGAGACAGAAAAUUGCUUAUCUGGGAGGAAAGGGCCCCUUCUACUACAACCUUCAAGAAGUCCGGCGUUGGCUGGAGAAGAAUUUCAGCAAGAGAUGAAAGCUAGAUUAGCUGGUUAAAGGUAUGAUUGUAAUAGAGAUUUUUUUUUUUUAAAUUAUGUAAAGACAAGGAAACUAAGAACUGAAUCCACUAUUUCAACUGAGUCCCAUUGUCUCACUGAAGGACAGGAAUUUACGUGUCAGAAGAACAUAAACCUCUAACAUCUCGAUACUACUUUCACCACUUAAAUGGCUUUUGGCUAAAUAGUAGCCCCGUUACUUCUCUUUCUGGUGAAAAGCCCUGAAUGAAAAGAUCCCAAGAUGGAGAGGAAGAAACCUUGGUUCAGCGUGUGUUCCUUUCUGCCCUGAAAAAGAAGUGAUGCCUCUGAUGCAUGCCUUGGGACCUGAAGAAAAGACUUACCUGAAUAACUCUACCAUCCUUGUUCGUAUACGGGGUAUUGCUUAGGCUUUCUUCAGCAUGAAUAGGGCCCAACUGGAUAAUUCCCAAAUGUUUACUUAUAAUGAAUCUUCAAGCCCAGGCCAUGUGGUUAGGACCUUGGUGUUUAACAUGUUAGAGUAGUCUCUGAUCUUCUGGUUUCUAGCCAUGUGGUGCUCUAUGCCAGUCUAAAUAUCCCAGAACUCGCAGCUAUAUUUGCAGAUACCAAGAAUGGUCCCUACCUGGAGGGUUAGAAUGAUCAUCUGAUAUCUGAUGGUUACUUUCUAGGCAGGUGGGGAAAAAGCGCUAGAAGAAAAUCGAAUUGACAAGCUAGGAAAAGGAGGCAGCAGAAAGAUUAGGAGGCUUCCUAGUGCUUCACCUUGCAACUGUAGAGGGUGGGACUAAUUUGUUAGUCACAGAAACAUGGAAACAUACACAAAGCUAGAAAAAGAAGAGACUCCACUAAACUAGCAUCAAGAAUAUAAGUGUGAAAUCAAUGUAUUUAUAUAUACUCCUAGAUUGAGGAGGAGAGAUGGAGAGGGAAGAGAUGCUUUAAUAUUUGUAUUACUUUUUGAAACAUGUUUGUGGUGUGUACAUUCUCAGUACGUGAAUUAUACCCCAUGAUGCUGAUGAAAGGUAAAACCAGUGGGUCCAGUGGUGCUGGUCUACCCUUCUCCAUCCCUACGAUUUUGCUCUGGUCCCACUCCUUCUUGGUCUCGGUCUCUAUGGCAGUGUUCUCUGAAUGCUGAGCUCAGCAGUAUAUAUUUUAUAUAUACACAUUCUCAGCUGCUGUGGGAUGUAGGUUCCCUGGCCAUUCAGCUGCAGCACUGUUUGUCUCCCAAAGUAGGUGAACUAUAAUGAAUGAUAGGUGAAAACAAACAAGGUUUCUUCAGGAGCAAAACGGAAGGAGAGAAGGUUUGAGACAAUUCCCUUCAAUGAUUUUGGAGGCUUUGCUAUAAGGCAGUCCUCAGUACCAUGGAAUUUGGUAAGAUGGAAUUCCCAUUAAUAUUUGAAUUUGGACUUGGAUUUUCCUUUGUUCCUCUUAGCUGAGGUAUAGUAACCUAAGCCCUCUAUAGUACAUUUUUAUAAUGCUAUUUUAAUAUAUACCAUAUUUCUCUUUAAAAUGAAGAUACUAUAAUUUUACUCAUAACUAAUAUAAUUAAUAACUAAUAUCCUAACCUCCAAAAGAAUAGACCAACCAAUUUUGUAUCUUAAUUUUUUUAUUGUAAAUUUGAGGAUGUUAUCAAAUCACAGUAUAUGGCUAUAUUUAUAUGUACAAUCAAAGGUUGCUAUGACCAUUCCAUUAAUAAUUGAAUCAUGAAAUAAAACUAAUAGAAAAAGAUAUCUAAAAUUGAAAAUAUCUUUCUGAACUAGUUGCCUGGAAUGAGAAAAAAGUGGGAACUGAGUGUACAAGAACCAAAAGUCUCUUUUUUUUUAAUGGAGCAACGUAAUAGUCAUAUCACUACGUAGUUUAUUGUUUAGAUAUUAAAGCACCAUUUUAACUGAUUAUUUUUAACCGCAACAUUUAAGUUUCCCACCUUUCUAAAUUCUACAAAAUACACCCACAAAGAAACAAAUUUUGAAAAUGUGACAUUAUCUAAUGAAUUUCUGGAAAAUCACAUUGAGAAUAGAUUAUUUCUGAGUCUUCAGUAGUUAAACUCUGUAACUCAAGGCUUAUCGGUGGACCCCACUGAUUUUUAUCUUCAAAAUGGUGUUGAGAUUUGUGUGGUACCCAGGAGAGGAAGAAUGAAGAAUUGGUGGCAGCCCACUCACACUGUUGUCCUUAAAAUUCCCCUUUGUUCUACAUGUACAAUAAGGGAACAGGAUGUUAGAGAUGCUGGUGGGGGGAUGAGAUUUGGCUAAGGCAGGCAAUGCUAGUUGUCUGGGGAAAAGGAUGAUGGGAAAUCUACCCAGCUGUGAUAUAUUUUUAAAGAAAGAGAAGGUUGUGUGUGUGCAAUUCUUCUCCCUGAGGAUAGGGCAAUGGAGAAGUGAAGCAGCGGAAGUAAACAUACAGAGGCAUAGGCUGACUAUCAGGGACAAAGAUAUGUUCAAUGGAACAUAGAAGAGUUACUGGAAGAAAGGCUUUAGUGGGCCAGAAGAGAAAGUAAAUUGACAAAGCUCAGGAAUCCUACAUUAUGUAGAAUGGCUUGGUGUUAUCAGAGUUAGGAUAAGCCUAUAAUUAUGUAACUUAUUUAUCUCAUCAUGAACUUUUAUGAUUUCCUGUGGUGUUUCUUUUAUGAACUUAACAAGAACUCAUUAUUUGAGAUAGAGGAGAAUCAAUGUUUAGCUUUUAUGUUCAGAGAAAUUAUUAGAUUGUCAAUACCCACCCUACCUAUCCUAUCUUUUAUAAGGUAUGUUCCUUUGAAGAAUUGUAGUUCCUAGUCUCACAAGGCAAAAUUUAUAAGUUAUAUAUAUAUAAACUUAUACAUUAUAAGCUUAUGUAUAUAUAAACCUAUAUAUAUGAUUUCUUCUUUUUAAUACCUAAACAUUUGCCCCCCACCCCAUAGGCUAUGUUUACAUGGAGCUAUCAGUUUAGUCUUUUAAACUGGAUUAUCUUGUCCAUUAUAGAAAUAGUUUCCAAGCAAUUUUAGGUAUUAUUAUAGCAUCUGGAUUUACUCAGACAUUUAGUGUUUGAAAGACUUAUGUCUUGGAACUAUUCAAAACUUACUUUAUUUUAUUGCUUAGAGAAAACGUUAGUGGAAUCAAGGAUGACUUUCUUGAAUGGGCAUGACUGAAAUGUCUGCACUGUAGGGUAGAAGUGUUUGAUACAGAUAUUAAAAUGUAACUGACCUCUUUAGAAGCAGGUUAGUAAUGCUGUUCUUGCUUUGCAUAGCUAAAGUUACAGUCAUUUAACUCAUAUGACUUUCGAUCUCUGGUCCUUUGUCUUCACCUUGUUGAUAGAAUGUACCCCUGAUUUUUGGUAACAUCAACUUUGAAAUGGUCUGUUGAUAUAGUUAAGUUCUCCUACCAUUAACCAGGAAAUGCUGAUUCUGUGAUCAAGGAGAGAAGAAAGGCCUGCUGUCUUUCAUUUUGCCUGAGUGUAUUUCACUUCUUGGGCUCUUGAAUAAAAAUUAUGAAAUAUGGUGAGGUCAUGCAUGGGUGCUGCCUUGAUGCAUAAAAUACCAGAGAGGUAGGUGAAAGGCAAUGUCUACGCCUUUUGGAAAACUCCCAGCUGGAUACAAGGUACCCUCAGCAUGCACUAUGGGCUAUGUCCGCAGCAAGAAGAACGCACUGAUGUGCAGGACUUCCCAUUCUGUAAAUCAUAAGAGGAUAAACAUGGACAUUUAUUCUACCUAAUUUCUUACCAGUAGUUGGAAGAUAAGCUUAAUUAGAAUCACAUGGCCAUUGCAAAAUGGAAAAUGUAGACACUAACUUUUGUCCCACUGAAGAAUUAAUAAAAACCUUUACCAGCAUUUAGAGCUUUUCAGAAUAUACCCAAUGUUAUGUCUCUGAGCAGUGGAGAUUAACAAUAAGUUUUUUAAUUCCAGGAGUUUUUUUAAAAAAUGAUACUGCCAAAAAUCAGAGCUAAAAUGUUUUUAGUUAUAUUACAACCUCCUCUGUACUUCUUCUGUUAUCUUAAAAAUAGAAGCUAAACCCAGUCUUCCUGUGUAAGUCCAGAUGGGGCAUAGUUACCAACCUCUGCUUGGUGACCCACACUGUCUUGGUAGUGUCCUGAGGUCCCCUAUGAAAGAAGGGGGACAGGGACUUGGAGAUUCAGGAAGUUGCUAACUGGGAAGAACUAGGCCCUGAGGGCUUGGUCUACUGAUCCCGGAAGAUUUGAAAAGAAACUUCUCACCUUUGAAGGAGGGCUGAUGAGUGUCAUUGAGUGACUUUAGCAAAACAUUGGGCCACUUCCUAAUGCCUUAUGUUCCGGAUAGCACUAGAAGCAAGGUCUCAGACUUAAGAUCCCGUUCUGUUCCAAGGUGAGUCUGAACCAAUAGAAAGCAAACAUGUACAGAUCUCCAAACAAUACUGCUCAUGCAAAUUGGGGCUCUCUGCCCAUCUUGGGCAGCUGCAAUAGAACUCCAGGGAGUUCAUUUAAUAUUUGUUGCAGAGACUUCGAAGACCCAGAUGUUUAAUGAAGUCACUAUUUUGGCACAAAACUCCCCUUUCCCCCCCAAAAAGCAAAUAGGUGAACACAUAAAUGAAAGAAGCCCACAGAAGGGAGUGGCAAAGAAAUAAAAUUCUUUCAAGACUUCUCUGCACCAUGUCACUGGUCGAUGCAGUUUUUGUGUAUGUUAAGAUUGGAAGAUGUGAAGACAUACGUAUCCAGUACUUUAUAACCAAAGCAAUGAGAAGAUAUUGGAUAGGGAACGUUGGCCAGUUUUGUUUAAAUUUGCGUCACAUUAUCACCAGACUCUUAUCACCAGCCCAAGUAAUCGGGCGCCCAAACAGGGAGAUUGGGAUGUGCAGAGGUUACUAGUGUGCAAAUGAUAACUACUGACGAAAGAGUCAUCGACUCAGUUAGUGGUUGGAUAUAGUCACAUUCGUUUGCCUCUGCCCGUCUUUGCCUUCCUAGCAAGGAGAAUAUUCGGGGCAUGUUGCUAUGAGUACUGGGUAAAUGUGGUGAGAAUGUGUGUGUGUAUAUCUCUGCUUCUUAGCUGCAGAAACAGAAAUGCUUUGGAGAUUAUCAGUAGAAAUCAGUUAUUAUAUUGGUGCUGAGUGGUACA